AUGCACCUACACGAUUCCCAAGGCCGAUAUGCCUUCCUUCUCGAUUCUGCUGCAUAUGUAAUGGAGAAGAUGCUGAAAGAUCCUCCGCGUGAUCGCGAGUACGGCAUCAAGCUCGUGUGCCGCGCCAUCGCUGCAAGUCAACGGACGGAUUGGAUCUUCAAGAACCUAAUCGCCAACUCCUCUGAUGUUGACCUCACGAAAGACAUCAACAGCUACAAACGCCGACGUAUCGACCAGGAAAAUUGGACCGAAAACACAGCGGGUUACGAUGAGCCCAGCCUCUAUGGCGCAGUGCAUCUCGCCGUGGCGAGUAAGGGCGAGCUCGCCGUCGAUCCUAUCAUCUCCAAGAUGACACCAACCGCCAAGACCUUCGCCCUCGUCCACCCUGUGUUCGGGCAUGCGAUUCGUCCUGCCAUUGGUUUCAUUCAACCAGAUUUAUUACAAACAUUACUAAAGCACGGCGCCGAUCCGAAUACCAUGCAGCCUUCAAGGACUGCCAAAGCCAGGGUGCAAAACGCCUUGUGCUAUGCAAUGCAAUGUUCUAGUGAAGACGUUGCCAUGGUGCUUCUCACCACACCUUGCAAACUAGACUUGAACUAUCACCUCACAGCCAAGGAAAUCCUGUUGACCCGGGCUGUCCAGAGGAAUUGGAUACGGGUGGUCAGUCUCCUUCUUCAGCUGGACGGCGUCCAUCCCGACCUUGACAUUCGGUUCGAUCUUGACAAUCGGUACGAUCGUCGCAGGGUUAAAACGGCGCUUACAGUAGCAGCUACAUAUGGAUACACAGACAUCUUUUCCUUACUGUUACGGACUCCCGGCGUUGAUCCUGGGGGGAACUGGCUCACCGUUGAAUGUCCGUUGUGGCUUGCUGCCGAGAAUGGCCACGCCGAAAUCGUCCGCGAAUUAUUAAAUGCGUACGGCCGUGACAUAGACCUCAACAGUAUAUUGCGCGAUGGAGAAGGGAAUGGGGAUACGAUUUUGAGCAUGGCAGCGAGCAGAGGACAUCACCAUGUGGUUCGCGUGUUACUGGAUUUCCAUAGAGUGGACGCUGAGAAUCCCGACCUGACUGCCACAAGUACACCGAUGUGGACAGCAAUUACCAACGGACACUUUGAGGUUCUCGAUGUUCUUCUCGAGCACGGCUCCAUGAGCGAAUUCGGCAUAGGAACAGUCGCAGAGCUUGAAGCCAGAGCUCCCGAGAUACGCAGCUUCAAAGUUCCCGCCUUUCUCGCCGUGCACCUAAUCUCGGCUAGUAGCCAUGGAUGGUCUUAUCUCUCACACCUUCCCAUCUCCGAAGAGUUUGCGUCUGAUGUCCUGAGGUUGCUACUCGAAGAUGACCAGUCGAGAGAGCUCUAUGAGGAAGAUUUGCAUGACGUUUACUCCCACGCUGUUUCAAAACGUCGGCAGCUUCUGUUGCGGGAACUACACAAACAUCCAUUGCCGGACUUCAAAGGUUACUAUGAUUCCAAUUUCCCUAUGUGGUACUGA